UGUUCUUCUUCUGCCACUUGGUGGUUGCAGGGAGCAGAAAAAUUAGGAGAAACCCGAGGAAAAAAAUGAAAGCUUGCCCGCUUUGGAUGCCGGCCUCCAUGAUGAUGAGCUUCACGUCUCUUACUCCAAGAAAUCUGGGAGGAUUGCUGGGUGGUUCACAGAUACUAAUAUAAAAAAGGCUGAUUCACUGGUCAUGACUGCAAUUUGAUCAAGCGAUUCAACUUACUAUGUCUUUAAAACUUAUGAAAUUAGGGCUGCUUUGGAAAUGAUGUGAUGCAAGAGCAAUUUGGGUGAAAAACUCAUAUGGAGGUCUCAUCCCUCAGACAUCAUAUAGAAUAUCAAGGAGGACAUUUGUUGGAAUUGGUGUUCUGGUUUAUGCUAAUCCUGCUUUUUCUUUACCACCAAAAGACGCAGAGGAUUCUGAGACAAUCAGUAUCCAGGUAUCGGAAGCUAGAUGGUGGUGUGAAAAUUCAAGAUAUCAUUGAAGGGGAAGGACCAGAAGCGCAUGAAGGAGAUCUGGUUGAAUUCAACUAUGUUUGCCGACGUUCCAACGGAUAUUUCGUCCAUAGCACGGUGGACCAAUUUAGUGGGGAGAGCAGACCUGUGGUGCUUCCUCUCGAUGAAAAACAGAUUAUACAAGGCCUCAAAGAUGUUAUAGUUGGCAUGAAGGCUGGAGGAAAGCGGAGAGCUCUAAUCCCUCCUGAUGUGGGAUAUGUCAAUGAGAACCUGAAACCGAUCCCAGAUGAGUUUGGUCCGCGGAGGAGUCUGCUUUCUCAUGCGAAUGAGCCACUGGUUUUUGAGGUUCAGCUAUUGAAGGUGCUCUGAUUCCCUAGCAUUCGAUGGCUGUUCCAGAAACUUCUAACAACUUCUAACAUCGCCGAGGCCUACUUGUUCUUUCUGAUCCUUUUGCUGAAGAAGUUGGAGUAAUUAUAGGUGUUGUGAGGGGAUCCUCUCUCGUAUUCUCCAAGAAAAUUGUUAAGAUUGUAUCAGUCUUCAACUGGUUGCAUUUCUCAACAAUGAACUAUCACAAAAAUAUACCACCAUACUAUUCAAAA